GUUGUCAUGGUGACGGGGUUGCGUUGACGCUCCACCGGGCGCUCACGCCGAGUGCGAGCAUGCGCACAACGGCUCUCCUCGUCCAGCGCUCACGUCGAGUGGGAGCAUGCGCACUGACUCCCUCCCUAUCAAAGAUCUUUGCUCCCAAUCUCCCAGCGCGAGAGGAAGCGGCGGCUCGGCGCGCUGGAGCUGCGCGGUUUAACCAGGCCGCUGGGACAGGCAGACCGACAAGGCCGGGAAUAUACUCUCAUCCCGCCUCCUUUAAUGGCGGACAAAGACGGUGACAGAGGAGCGCCGGCUGGCACCACCGUGCGCCCGGGCUCUCCGUUACCGGCAGCGCAGCCGCUGCCCGAAGAAGAAGAGAAGGAGGUGGCGGAGGAGACGACGACAACAACCAUCACUACCACCACGGCGGCAGCGGCUGCGGAGGACGAAGAGGCCGACGAUGGUGACGCCGCCGCCACCAGCUCUCCACCGUCGCUGCUGCUGCAGACCCAGAAGUUGGCCUCCAAGCGGGUGGACAUCCAAAACAAGCGCUUCUACCUGGACGUCAGGCAGAACGCUAAGGGGCGUUUCCUGAAGAUCGGCGAGGUGGGCACGGCGGGCCACAAGAGCCGCCUCACCGUCUCAAUGCCGCUGGCGGCCGAGAUGCGCGAUCGCCUGGGCGACUUCAUCGAGCACUACUUGCACCUGGGGCCUGGGGGUGGCGGCAUCGGCGACGCCAGCUCCACGCCGGCCCCGACCUCCCAGCCGCAGGCCCCGCUGCAGUCUCGGGCCCAGGAGUGGGUGCUGAAGAGCGAGUACUUGAUGAGGGACAACCGCAAGUAUUACCUGGAUCUGAAGGAGAAUAAACGCGGGCGUUUCCUGCGGAUCCGCCAGACCAUGGACCGAGGCCCGGGCGUGGGCUACUCGGGCCAGGGACAGACUAUCGCCCUGCCCGCUCAAGGCCUCAUCGAGUUCAGGGACGCUCUGGCCAGGUUGAUCGAAGAUUACGGUGUUGGCGGCGGGCCAGGCCGGGGAGGAGGCGGAGGCCGUCUCCUGGAUGGCACCUCGGCUCUUGUGCCGCCCAAGCUACCCGAGGACACCUCGGUACCCGUCGACAACAAGAGGUUCUUCAAGAGGGUGGGUGGAGAGAGGGGAGGGGAGAGUGCGGCAGUGUUUCCACAUUGAAGGAAAUUACCCGAAAUUCGGGAAAUUCUGGUAGCCUACGGGUAAUUUUAGGGUAAUGAAAUAAUUUCGGGAAAUUUCCGCAUCCGGCCGCGGGAUGAUUUGGGGAAAAAAAUAUUGUGAUCAUCCGCACCUAGGCAGCUGGGGGAGGCCGGUGACACAGUGGGGACGCACAAUUAUGCCAUCUCCCCCGCGCGUCCGCAGAAUACCACCAUUUUCACUACACACAAUCUUACAUCGCCUCGUGCCUAGUCUGGGUUAGUGGGGCCAUGGAACAUUGCUUUGGGGGAGGGGGAGUGUUUUUUAUCAGGGGUAUCAAACUACCCGUCCAAGCUGGCCCGCGGGGAUGAUUUAGGAAAAAAAAGGAGUGCCCACUUCUCUGGGCCCGGGGCUCCAGUAUCUGCCUGCCCAGUCCAUCGACCAUCUGUGGCGGCAGAGCCUCGUCGCCGGUCAGCCUAGCGGCCAGGGAGACCGUUCUCCCGUCGCCAAGUGGGAGUGGGAACGGCUUACUCUGAACCCAGUCUUGGCAGCGGCCGUGACCCCGAUAUCAGGCGUCACUUCGGCCAGGCCCACGCAAUGCUGCGAGGGAGAGAGAGGGGGGUGGGGAGGGAGGGGGGAGGGGGAAGGAGGAGAGGGAAACGGGGAGAGGGAGGGAGCCGUCACAACCCAGUAGUUUAGUUUGAGGCUACUUAGAGGCUGUAUGGUAACACACAUUUCACUGUACCUUAAUUGAUGCAUGUGACAAAUAAAUAAUUUGAUUGUUGUAUUGAGUUAUCCGUGACACUUCCAGGCACACUAUAUGUUUCUACACUGCACUGAACACACAAUAUACAUACCAUGCAGGCUAGGCUGCAUCUUAUAUGUGCACAGUGCAUAAUGUCUUGCAUAAUACUGUACAAGUGAGUAACAGAAGCAGGCAGCUACGGUGUAGUUACAUAAAUCUGUUUUGCCUUGUUCUUCUUUGUGUUGUUAACGUGUGUCCGCGAAAGAAAAACAACAACAAACAGCAUGCAGGAAGCAUUUUUAAAAAUUUCAGCAAAAUACCAUCCAAUUCCAUGAAAUUUGAUAUUCUAUUUCAGGAUUUAUUUUUGAGCUGUGGAAACACUAGAGUGAGGACUUGUUAGUGUUAAAAUAAAGAACUGUUUCAUUUGAAAAAUGAAAGCAUUCAAGAGU